CAAAUCCUCCAGGAAGAAUACGAAGACCUCAGCAAGACGAGCUGGAUCGGAGGUUUACGCCCGACCGUUGAGAGCGGCAGUGACCCGAGAGCGUGACCGGGAAAUAGAUGCUAAGUGCCUGCUUCCCUCAGUGCCGCUCACUGACGCUGCAGCUUUCCCCCACUCGUCCUGUUGCCCUGUCUCGCCUUGUGCCAGCCAGGUUUCGCCCAUUCCCUUUCCAUCCGCAUUCAAGCACUCCGUCCAAACCUACGUACUAGGUAGGUAGGUACCUCUAGUGAAGGCCCUGCACAGUCAGUGCAGCUACCAGUGCCGCUGUCGGUUUCCCGCUACCAACAAUAAACCCCGGGCAUCUUCUCUUGCUCAACCGGGCGGCAUCCUCUUCAAGCAAGCGAGCCCCAUCAACCUUGCAACACAAAUCGCCAUCAUCGACAAUUAGGUCUUCGUCCUUUCCCCCCGACAACAACUUUCCAUUCUUUGUACCAGUAUACAAUAAAUAGCACGCUUGAAAGACAAGAGGCGCCAGUGCUACCAACACGUCGGCACACCAUCUCCACGGCUUCUUGACCAACUUGGACCGAACCUCCACCCUCCGCUCACGCCGCCCCGACUUUCCUCCCGUCUUUCUGAGGGCCAUCUCGUCACUCCUAGUCUUCCACCGUCUACCUGCCAAUAAGCAGAGGCUCCCUUGACCUGGCAUUUGAUCAACCUGCAGCCCUGGUCCCCCUAGCACCUUAACCCACCCCGACGAGCAAUCAACCGAUCCUCGCGCUUACUUAGUCAUCCAUCGCCUUGCCUCUUGUCGCGCUCCUCCCGACAACUUGCUCGACGACUCUACACAUCUCUCUUCGCUUGCCACCAGACUGGCACGACUUUUAUCAUGAGGCUACGUGCUUCUCUCGACAUAAUCGCCGACGACCGGAGAACACCGAUGGCCCACGGGGACGCGGCUCCCGAAGCUCACUCGGAGGCCGCCCAACAGCAGGCUCAAGACGAUUCACGAUCAACUUCGUCGUCGAGCACCCCUCCGCCCGUCGACAAUGAAGAAUCCGACUUCUUUCUCGCUGCGAACGACUCCCAGUCGUCGCUAGGCGUUCCCAAUAUCGAGAACAUGCAAGUCGCCGACGAGGAGUGCCGUGUAGCGCCUAUUAAUCGCUUGCCCAACGAACUACUCAUUGCCAUCUUCGUCAAACUCACAACCUCCUCAGAUAUUCUCCAUGUCAUGCUGACAUGCAAGUCAUGGGCUCGGAAUGCAGUGGAAAUUCUGUGGCACCGUCCAGCUUGCUCAUCCUGGGAACGACACACGAUCAUCUGCCAAACUCUCAGUGCGCCACGACCGUACUUCGCCUACCGACAUUUCAUCAGGCGACUCAAUUUGUCAGCCCUCGCUCCCGAACUCAACGAUGGCAGUGUCGAGUCUUUGGAGAUGUGCAGUCGUGUCGAGCGACUGACCAUGACUGGUUGCAAACGCAUCACGGAUGCUGGUCUCCUCAAAUUGCUACGGAACAACACUGGCCUCCUGGCUCUCGACAUUUCUGGCAUGGAAGACAUCACGGAAACUUCUAUUAACGCUGUGGCGGAAAAGUGCUCUAGACUACAGGGCCUUAAUAUCUCCAACUGCACUAAGAUCUCAAUUGCGAGUCUGGUGCAGCUGGCGCAGAGCUGCAGAUUUAUCAAGAGGUUGAAAUUGAACGAGUGCGCUCAGGUGACUGACGAGGCCGUCAUCGCAUUCGCUGAGAAUUGCCCCAACAUCCUCGAGAUCGAUCUUCACCAAUGCCGCCUAAUUGGGAACGAUCCGGUUACGGCGCUUAUGUCUAAAGGCAAAGCUCUUCGAGAGCUCCGCCUUGCGAGUUGCGAUUUGAUCGACGACUCUGCCUUCCUUUCCUUACCUCCAAACAAGACCUACGAGCAACUCCGAAUCCUAGACCUGACGUCUUGCUCCAGACUGACGGACCGAGCUGUUGAGAAGAUCAUUGAUGUAGCUCCUCGCUUGCGCAACCUCGUGCUCGCGAAGUGUCGUAACAUCACAGAUGCUGCUGUGUUCGCUAUCGCCAGGCUGGGCAAGAAUCUGCACUAUGUCCAUCUGGGCCACUGCGGAAACAUCACAGAUGAAGCUGUCAAACGUCUGGUUCAAUGUUGUAACCGGAUUCGAUACAUCGACCUCGGUUGCUGCGUCCAUUUGACAGAUGACUCUGUCGUGAGACUUGCUACUUUGCCCAAGCUUAAGCGCAUUGGUUUGGUCAAAUGUUCAAAUAUCACAGAUGAGAGUGUCUACGCUCUUGCUAGGGCGAAUCAACGCCGGCCUCGCAGAGAUGCUGACGGUAAUCUUGUUCCCGGGGACUGUUACAACAACAUGCACCACAGUAGCCUUGAGAGGGUUCAUUUGAGCUAUUGCACCAACCUGACAUUGAGGAGUGUCCUAAGACUUCUGAACGCGUGCCCUCGUCUCACUCACUUGAGUGUUACGGGUGUCCAAGCGUUCCUGCGGGAGGAUUUGGAGAGUUUCUGCCGCGAGGCACCAGCUGAGUUCACCGAACAUCAGAGAGCUGUUUUCUGCGUCUUUUCCGGCCAGGGGGUGACGAAUCUUCGGCGCUACCUCAACAGCGAGCACAAUCUGACAGAGAUCGCUCGUGGUGCAAGACCAAUCGACGAAGGAGUGCCGAACCGAGUCGGCCCCGUUUUCCCAGGAACAGCAGUCAACCCCAUGCAGGUCACUCCACCUGGUCACCAUGGCGCAGCAGCUGCGUUCAUUGACGAUGGCGAGCCUGAUGCGGUGGACGACGAUGAUGGCUUGGAAGAUGGGAGCGAGAUGGUAAUUGACACGCAGCCAAUGCUGCACAAUCACCAUGCGGUUAUGGGCGGUACUGCGUUCCCUAUACAGGGCGUGGCAUCCACAGAACAGCUGCUGCCGCCGCCACCACCUGCGAUACAGCCACAGCAGCACCUCGUUACGAACCCCUUCCACUUUGUUCCUGGCCAGCCUUUUGCCAUACCACCUCAUGGCCUUCAGUUUUAUGAGGCGGUGCGGGCGACAGAAUCCGGUGCCGUUUCUGGGACCCCUACGCAUGUUCCGUUAGUUGGUCAAGCGACGGGGCUGGAAUCAACAAUCGCUGAAGGCAGCCAUCAUUCAGGAGUUGCCAGGAACUCACCAGGUACAGCAACAUCUCAAAACCCAGAUGCAUCGCAGGCCGUCCCCCCAAACCCGAUGGGGAAUAUCGAGCUGGCGAUACUCACAGGCAACCGAAAUCCUGAUCUGGGUGGCAGUGGAGGGGCGUCUGUAUAGCGCGCGUUGCGGUUUUACUUUGAGCAAUAAUGCCACGGCUUCUUCCUAGUUCGCGAUGGAUGAGUGGGGGUGGAUGGAAAUACGGUUUUACUUCUGGUGGUUCGUGGGAUACAUAAAAUUUUGACUGGAAUACUUCGCAGGCUGUAGCGGGGCGUUUCAAUGACUUUAUGAUUAUCGCUGUGUGCUCAUCGAAGAUGCCGAGUGGCUCGUCUUCUUAUACCGGGAGCUGCGGCUUUUCGAAGACCUAAGAGGUUACCCAUUACAUUAGGCUAGAAGAUUGUUAUUUAUGCCUUUGCCUUCAUUCGUAUCUGCUUUUAUUUCGAGUUUUGACAUUUCUUCAGUUGGCCUUCGGUACGCGAUGAGCACCAAUGGGGGGUCCUCCACCAACAAUAGAAGAACGUGUGCCGACAGCACGCAACAGGAUGGCUCGUGCAGGACAAAAUUGAUGACAAUCGAAUUCAGAUUUUGACUCUGCACCCGUCGAACGGCUGGGCGGCUUUAAGGCAAGAAACCAUGACAAAAAUGGGUUGGUUAGAUACCACAAAUACUACAGAAUUGUAUAGACUUCAUAGGCGCUGUCGUAGAGCAUUAAAUACAAUAGAUUUCGUUG